GAGCUGGCAAAAGAAACGCCAAAGAAAAAAGCAUUUUAUACUCUGAUCCCACUAAUCACCCGAUCAGGCGAAAAUGUUGGCUGAAAAACGACUGCCUUGCGCUGGACCGCCAGGCACUCUUUUGCGUCCAAAAAACCACACUUUUUCGUUCUUUACGCGUGUUUACAAGGUACAAUUCUCUCUUCUCAAUCCGGCCCCUCAAUUCAAUCACAUACGCAGGACAGCUAACUCUUCGGAUCUUUUUUAGAAUGAUUAUCCCGGUGCGCUGCUUUACUUGCGGAAAGGUCGUUGGCAACAAGUGGGAAACCUACCUGGAGCUCCUGCAGAAGGACUACACAGACAGCGAGGCCCUCGAUGCCCUGGGUCUGAAGCGCUACUGCUGCCGCCGUAUGGUGCUGACCCACGUCGACCUGAUCGAGAAGCUGCUGCAGUACAACCCGCUCGAGAAGAGACGCACACUCGGGUGAACAAAACUAGACCAGAAAAUCUGGGUGCCUUGAUUUCUAGCUGUAGUAAAUAUAUUCUGUGUUUUCCACCCCC